GUGUUGUCCUUGGGGUUGUGAGGGGUCCGACAGGACUUCACAACUAGCAGCAGCAGUAAUAUUAGUAUUACUACAACACCAUUAGUGUACAUUUUGCUUUACUAGACAUCAUUAAAAAGAGAUUUAUGAUCCAAGGAGCUUACAAUUUGAAUGCUGAGACUGAGGGAGAAACUGGAAGCAGAAGAGAAUGGUAUGGUAAAUAUAAGAAGACCAUUUCAUCAACUUCUGCUUUCUUCCUUUACCAAUUGUGUGACUGCUAACACAAUUUCUUUUAUUUUACUUUUCUGCUAAGUAUAUCUCUCAUUUUCCUUUCCCUGUAAUUACAUGCAUAUUCAUUUUCUAUUCAUUGAAAUGAAUACCCCCACCCACCACUCCACCACCAUCUAAUGUUGCUUGCAGCAUUGGCGUUUUCUGUUGCAACAGAAUGAAAUUUGCAGACAUGGGAUUAAUUUGCCAUACCAGGUACCUGCCAAUUUUCUGACACUCUGGAGGAAGGCUUAGAGGCAACUGAAAAUGGGAACAUCUCCUGUACAUUUUCCAUAGAUAUAUAAGACAUUUUCUGUUUAUAACAUCAGCAUUUUCUGUCCGAAAAUCAUGGAAACUUCAUGCAGUUCCCAACCCUGCCAAGGCACCAGACCUCUGCAUUUCAGGCAGAAUGUGCAAAGGGUCCAUCUUUUUAGAUGCAGGUUUUAUUUUGCAUUAAUAUUUAUGCCCUGGCAAGAUCCUUGGAUGCCUGAAGGAUUCAUGCUACCGAAAAUGCAACGAAAACAAUGAUGUGGCAUUGAUGAAGAGAUGUUUUCCAGGGAGACAGAUGCAGCCAACAGUGUGAAGCUGGCAUUUCUGAACACCCAUCUGGGAGACGUGCUAGCUGGAAGGACUUGUGAGGGUAAAAUUGCAAACAUUGACAAUACUUGCUGUAAAAAAUGCAUAGAGCCAGAAUGCAAACAAGUUACAGGCAGGCUGGAAUAUGUGAAAGUAGAUGAUUGUGUGAAUGAAAAUCAGCUGAAUAUCCACUACUGUGAGGGCAAAUGUGAAAGCAAAGCUGUUUAUAAUAUUACCACAAACCAGAUUGAGGAUGAGUGUACCUGUUGUUCUGCUACCAUUAUCGAUUCAAUGAAAGUGCCCCUCCGCUGUGUCAAUGGCUCCAUAGUACAUCAGGAAGUCUUGAACGCCAGACAGUGUGACUGUUUCUCUCGGAAAUGUAAACCACAAAUAUAAUGGAAGUGAACCAUUUUAUCCAACUGCAAGAAAUUUACCAUUUCUUGGGUAUUUUUGUUUUGUUUUUGUAUGUUAAUAGUGUUCUUCCAGCUAAGCAUCCAUUGUAACAAACCAAGCAAUAAAUUCUUAACUUGUGUAGCUA